GUAGCGCAAUUACAGGCGAAAAGUCUAAGAACAACUUUCAAAAAUGUUUUUUGGAAGUUUAUUAUUUCUUCUUUGUGUUAGUAAUUUACUUUUAGCAGAAUCAUGGAGAAAACCUGGCUGCCAUAGAAUGGGUCACACCAAAACGAUAAGCAUACCGGAUUGCGUCGAGUUUAAAAUAACAACCAAUGCAUGCAGCGGAUACUGUGAGUCUUGGUCGCUGCCCAGCAUCAUGCUGGGCUUCAAGCGACACCCUGUCACUUCCCUCGGACAGUGUUGUAAUAUAAUGGAAUCGGAAGACAUUCCUGUGAAAGUAUUAUGUUUGGAUGGAGAAAGAAAUCUAAUUUUCAAGUCUGCCGUUACUUGUGAUUGUUACCAUUGUCAAAAAGAGUAAAAAAUUAUGAACCUAUAGUUAGACAUCUACUUAAUACCUACCUACGAUGUACCAACCAACCAAUAAAAAACCAUGCAUUGCGCGUUGCUUACGCGUUUACAUCAUUAGGUAUUUACAACGAGAAUUGUUUACCAUUUUAUUUAGCUUAGGAAAAAUAAAUUAAUAGCUAACUUAAUUAUUAUUAUUCGAAAUCGCAUUAUUUAUUUAUAGUGUACCCCUAACAACAAAGUGUAACUUGCAUUUUUUGUACAAGAAUACCU